CCCUCUCCACUCCUCUCUACUACAAUAGCUUCUUCUCCCCUCCCCCAUCUUCCCCCUGCCUCUCCAUCUGGGAACACAAGCAGAAAAAAGAGAGGGAUUUUCUUUAUCUCUGGAAUAAAACUAAGCAGAGGAGAGUGUAGUAGGGAGGGGAGGAGGAGAUGCUGAUCAAAACUGAAUAAUAAAACCGCAAAGAAAUAGAGCUAGAUUACUUACCAAUCCUACUACAUUUGCUUGCACCUAGUUGUGUGGUUCUUGUGCACUCUGGAAUGGCCCCAAGCAUAGACUAUGUAGCAUCCAUCCUCCUCUGCGCGGAGGACUGCACCGCCAUUCUUGACCUUGAGGAGGAGGGGAGUGAGGAGAUUUCGUGGGUUCUUGGCCCCUCGUCGCGCCAUGCGGAUGCUUCUCUAGGGGCCAUGUGGACUGACUUCCCCCUGCAAUCAGAUGACUGCAUUGAGGCGCUCCUGGGGAGGGAGGAGGAGCACCUGCCCAUGGAGGGCUACGCCCAACGGCUGUUGCAGCAGCCUGGGGGGUCGGAUUUGGUGGCCAUGAGGUGCGACGCCAUUGACUGGAUUUGGAAGGUCCAUGAGCAUUACAAGUUCGGGCCUUUGACGGCGGUCUUGUCAGUGAACUACCUGGACCGGUUCCUCUCGGUGUACGAUCUUCCACAAGGGAAGGCCUGGAUGACACAACUCUUGGCAGUGGCUUGCUUGUCCUUGGCUGCAAAAAUGGAGGAAACCAUUGUCCCACAUCCCUUGGACUUGCAGGUGGGUGAGGCAAAGUAUGUGUUUGAGGUUAGGACCAUACAAAGGAUGGAGCUUUUGGUGCUCAACACUUUAAGUUGGAGGAUGCAAGCCGUGACUGCUUGCUCAUUUAUUGACUACUAUCUUCACAAAUUCAGUGAGGAUCAUGUGGUGUCCAAAAUCAUACAUGCUCGCUCGGUUGACCUUAUCUUGAGCACAUCUAAAGUUGCUGAAUUCUUGGUUUUCAGACCAUCAGAGAUUGCCGCAAGUGUAGCUCUAGUGGCGUUUGGGAAACAUGAAAAUUCAGUACUUGGGAGUGUGGCAACUUGUUGCAAACAUUUAAUAAAGGAGAGAGUAUUAGGAUGCUAUGAAGUGAUUCAGAAAAAUAUUGUUGUGGGAAACAUUAUUCUCCAGUCAGUUGGCUCUUCAGUUUUCAUCGUGCCACACAGCCCCAUAGGUGUGUUGGAUGCAGUUGCAUGUGAGAGCCAACAAACUGAGGGCACAAGUGCUGGAGCUCCUACAAUAUAUUUUGAGAGUUCACCAGCAAGCAAAAGAAGGAAAAUUUGCAUAUGAUUGUUCGUGUUGUCAGGUGUUUUGCUCGCCAGCUUGUUUACUUGAAGCGUAUCAAUCUAAUUUGGUCACUCAGAAGAAUUUUGGCCUGCCCAAGCACUUUUGAGAAUUAAAAGAAGCAAGACAACAUAUAGACCAUGUUUGGUCCCCCAAAUGUUAGAAGCCACUUGACUUACAGCAGGCUUGGAUCUUGUUCAUGAAGUUUAUAGGAGUCCAGUGCUUGCAAAGCUAUUCGAUGGUCCAGUGAUGGUGACGGCCUUACUGCUGUGGGUAGAUAAUGGAAUUGAGCCAGGCACUUAAGUGUUGUAGAGAAUAGAAUUCGCUAGCUGCAUUUCGCUUUGAUCCUCCCUUAUUUUUUUUGUUGAGAACCUUGAAAGAGGGAUGAUUUGAAUCAGGUAAUGGGAAUACAUGGAAAAAACUGAAACAAAUUGGGAGAGGAAAGGUGUCUAUUGGUUUCCUUUAAAGAUCUGGAUUUGUUGUUAAUGGUCAGUUUUCUUGUCAUGGUCUGCGUCUAUCCUUGAUUGCUACACGGCCUAGGUUGUUAAGCCCUUCUUAAAAAUGGAAAUCGGGAAAAUUAUUUGUUCUCCACCUUCAAACAAUAAAGAAAUAACAA